AUGACGAGCCUUUUCACGGCAAAUCCAGCCGAUCCUCCAAGUCCUCGAGAUGUCGUAGGCACCUAUCGUCAAAUCUUCGAAAAUCGCGUGUCGGAAGGAACACUUCGGCCUAUGGUGGUACCAUAUAAUCUCUACGGCUUUAUACUGCUGGGCAUUUAUCUUUGCGUGCGGCAUACGAAUCGUCCAAUAUUAUACAAGGCGCGAUGGAUUGUGUUGGCUACGAUAACAUGGUUUCAGCUCAAAACACUAUGGCACACGAGUAGUGCGAACAUGGCAAUCAGUUUCGUGGCAGGCUUGAUGAGUGUCUAUGGAAUUGUUACAAGUUUGACCUGGCUAUUGUUUAUGUGGCCACAGUUUGAUGCUAAGAGGAUUGAGAGAAGGAAGAUUCAGGAAAACCAUGUCAUCACAAAGGAUAACCAGCGGACAACUACUGCAUACGGAAAUGGCAUUGAAUCAGAUGUAAGGCAGCGCAUUAGAGUAAAUGGAGAUGAUAACGAACUUUCCCCUGGCUCCAAGGCACCAAAUGGCAAAGAGCCGCUUCAUGGCCAGCCGGCUACAAAUGAGAUAACGAAAUCUCAGUACUAUUGGCAAUCGUACCCAGAUGAUAGUUGGGAGAGAUUGAACUGGAUAUCCGACUUGAUCAUCAAUUUCCGUGGACCUGGUUGGAACUGGACAAUUCCCAACAUACCAAAGCUUCCCCCAUCCGUCUACAACAAAUUAGGAGAACCUGCAGAUGAAGCAUCAAGACAUGAUAUAUCUAGAACAGGAAUCAAGCGCUUUAACACAAGAAGUGAAGUCUUCAGGGCUCAAGUUCUCCGUUUCAUUAUUGGAUAUUUCUUACUUGACGUUAUCAAAACUAUCAUGAUGAAUGAUGCAUAUUUUUGGCUUGGUCCCAACAAUUAUGCUCUGCCUCCACAUGUUGCAGUAAUGUCUCCAAUCAUGCGCUCUCUCUAUCGUGAGCUUUUGUCAAUGGCUGGGAUACUCAUUUCUUUAGACAUGGUUUUUCUUUUGGCCCCUCUUGUAGGAUGUUUACUUCUCGGCCCAUCCUCAUUCAUGGGUCUCAGGGGUGAAGCAUGGUACUACCCCACCACAUGGGGUUCUCUUUCUGUCAUUGCAAAUAAAGGCCUUGCUGGGCUGUGGGGAGGUGCUUGGCAUCAAAUAUUCCGUCUCAUAUUCUCCUCACCAACAAACUAUUUGAUCACAAAUGGAUAUUUAGAUGCCAAGUCUUCAGCCACAAAGCUCAUCGCGUCGUUCUUCGCCUUUGGUAUAUCUGGAAUCUUGCAUGCUGGCGGUAGUAUAUCUCAAAUUCCUGAAACAAAACCAGGAAAUCCACCUAAAUUUUUCAUGCUGCAAGCCGUUGGAAUCUUUCUGCAAACUGGCUUCUGUGCCGUCUUGUCUCAAUACAUCAAAAACAUCCCGAAGCCAGUGAGACAGGCAACGAAUGUAGUCUAUGCAUUAUCAUGGGGUCUACUGACAGGAUGGUUGAUAGCGGAUGACUUUGCUCGGGGUGGAAUCUGGCUUUAUGAACCCAUUCCCAUUUCAUUACUUAGAGGAUUGGGAUUUGCUGAUAAAGAUGAUGGGUGGUGGUGUUGGGAGCAUGUAGGAGUUGGAUGGUAUACUGGGAAGCAUUGGUGGGAGAGUGGUAUUGCAAUAUGA